CAGCACGACCGCGUGUGAACACACAUCCCUCCACGCCUGUCUGCGCCAAUCGCCCACGUGCAGGCUCUUAAUCGCGCCGACAAUGACCAGCAUUGACGAUCUCUUCAAGGCGCACAGCAACAAGCGCAAACUCGAGCCGCUUCGCAACCCUGAGGAGGUAUACAAGUCUCGCAGGCUCACCCCAGACGGCCAUAGCGACCGCCAAGCUCGUGUGGACAACCACUCUGAACAUGAUGGCGCUGAGGACGACACAGCCGCCGGACCAGCGUUGCCGACCGACGAUUAUGGUCCAGAUCUUCCACCCGAUGACGGAGACGACGACGAAGGGCGCUUCUUUGGGGGUGGCAUCACAACAUCAGAGGCUCGCGUUCUCGACUACGUGGAGGGCGGGGACGACGUGGGCAAGGUGGGCUCCGACAGGAUAGACAGCUCAUGGCUGCGCAGGACGGCUCUCAACUUUGAGAAGCGCGUGUCCAAGAACGCCGAGCUGCGCGCCAAAUUUGAGUCCGAUCCGCGGAAAUUCAUACAGAGCGAGGCUGACCUCGACGCCGACAUUAAAGCUCUCUCUAUCCUUGCGGAGCAUCCCGAACUGUAUCCAGAGUUCGCCAAGCUCGGCUGCGUAGCGACACUUGUCAGUCUCCUCGCCCAUGAAAACACAGACAUCGCGAUCGACGCUAUAGAGAUAGUCAACGAGUUCACAGAUGAAGACGUCAACGCUGCAGAGCCUGAAUGGAACGCGAUGGUGGAUGCGUUGCUAGAAGCCGACCUACUCGGCUUACUUGUUUCCAACCUGGAACGCCUGGAUGAGAGCGAAGAGGUAGACCGGAACGGUAUAUACUAUGCCAUGAGUAUCAUCGAGAACCUCUGUAGUAGGACUGGCACAGCGGAACAGGUCGCCAAAAACGAGAAAUUGCUGCGCUGGCUGCUCAAGCGCGCACAAAGGAAAGAGACAAACCCACCUGUGAGCCAGAACAAGCAAUACGCAGCCGAGAUCCUGGCAAUUCUGGUCCAGUCAUCCUCCCCCAACCGUCGCGUACUGGCCAGUCUCGAUGCGGCAGACAUAAUGCUUCAACUUGUAGCCGCAUAUCGCAAACGCGACCCAGAAAAGGGGGGCGAGGAAGAGGAAUACAUGGAGAAUCUCUUCGAGGCACUUACAUGUGUGGUCGAUGAGCCUGAAGGAAAGCUCCGGUUUGUCGAGGCUGAGGGUGUCGAGUUGUGUCUCAUCAUGCUCAAGGAGGGCAAGCUAAGCAAGGCAGCCGCCUUGAGGUUACUCGACCAUGCUGUGGGUGGAGCCACUGGUUUUGAGGUUUGCCAGAAGGUCGUGGAAGCGGGUGGUCUCAAGACCAUUUUCACCAUGUUUAUGAAGAAGUCUUUGGACGGGCAGACUGCAGAACAUCUCGUAGGGAUUCUUGCUUCCCUACUGCGAUUGCUACCUGCCGAAUCACCCGAACGCAUCCGGACAUUGGCCAAGUUUGUCGAAAAGAACUACGAGAAGACAAUCAAACUCGUGCAACUAAGGCGAACCUAUGCAGCCCGCAUGGCACCGAUAGAGCAGUCGAUACGUAUGGAGCAGUCGCGGCUGUCGGCAGAGGAGAAGGAGGAGGCCGCGGAUGGCUGGUUCCUCCGCAGACUCGAUGCCGGUCUCUACGCUCUACAGACGCUAGAUGUUGUACUCGCCUGGCUGGUCGCCGAGGACGACGGAGCACGUUCAGUCAUAGAGCAAGAGCUGGCUGAGAGGGACGAAACCCUGGCAGUGAUCCGCAACACGCUACAGGAGCAAUUGGACGGGAUGGACACAGACGAUGCUGGAGCCAACGAAAGCCGCGACAUGUUGAGCGCGCUGUUACAGUUCGUACAGUAGGGAAUGACAGUGAACAAAUAUCAUGAUAAUGAUUAGCCCAAAUGCAUCCCGGCCGCAUCAAUUU